CUAUAUAUAAAGAUCGCCGGGAGUUUCCAAAAAUUCACAUUCAGUGACUUAUACUGAACAAUGGUUAACAUGAGCUAUCACCAAUCUCAACAAAAACAUAUUCAUACUCCAACCCCUAGACAAACGAGAAAGCGAAAUAAUAAAAGAAAAAGGAUUUGUUGGGACAAACUAUCACCGACAGCACACCGUCAGACUUGAUUAACAGGUGAUUUAAGAAGGUCCAGAGCGUUCCUGUGUGGAAGCUGACCUGCGCGUGGCGACUGAGUGGUGAGAUGACUGCGGAGUGGCUGCACCUGCCCCCCCCGUACCCCCCCGGCGUGGGGCCGCUGUGCGGGGCCGAGCUGGAGGCGUGGUACGAGGACCUGCAGGACAUCCUGGGCUCCGACGGGGGCGGGGUCAAGGCUGCACGAGCCCCGCCCUGCCCUGAGAAGGAGCCGGAGUUCCUGGAUGUUCUGGAGAGCUGCUCGCUGACCUGGCUGACGGACGGGCAGGGGUGGGCGGGCGAGGGGGUGCAGCGGGUGGUGGAGGAGGGGCCUCCCCCUCAGGCGUCCAGUCACGGCCCCGCCCCGGCCAGGGAGGCGGGGACAGGGGGCGGGGCAGGAGGAGGAGGAGGGGGCGGCGACCUGCUGCCUCCUGAGUUCUUUGAGCUCCUGAGCGAUGGAGGGGUGGGGCUGAUGGAGGGCGGGGGCGGCGGGGUGGAGGGCUGCAGCGUGUACCCCCAUCACCACCGACCCCCCUCCCCCACGCCCAGCGAGGAGGAGCCCCCCUCAGUCCCCGACUCCUCCUCCUGCUCCUCCUCCUCCUCCUCCGCCUCGCAGUCCCCGACCCUGCACCGCUCCCCGCCCCCCUCCCCGCUCUCCCCGCACCCGGUCCUCACCUACAGGCUGGGCAAGCGCAAGAGGGGCGGGGACAAAGGGGGCGGCGGCCCCACCCCCUCCCCCAGCUCGGCCCCCCCCUGCGGCCCCUCCUCAGCGAAGAAGAGCAGGAAGGAGCGGGAGCAGGAGAACGAGAGGAGGGUGCAGGAGCUGACGGAGCAGAACGAGAGGCUGAAGGCAGAGAUAGAGAGGCUGGCGGAGGAGGUGCAGCGAACGCGGCGCUCUCUGAUAGAGAGACUGGUCAACACCCGAAAGUGAGGGGGGGGGGGCCUGGGGGGGAGGGACUGGUCAACACCCAAAAGUGGGGGGGGGGGGGGGCUGAGGUGUUCCGUUUCAUUUUAGCAAAUGAGAUCCGUUACGUGCGAUUUUCAGUCGGUGAAAUUAAUUUAAUUUCCUGAAUUUACUGGAUUGAAAAAAGCCAUGACCCCAAACCCUGGGAGGGAGGAAGGUAGGGAUCGUCUCGGUUGAGACCGCAGGAAAGAAAGAACGACCGGGCAGAGGGAAGAAAGCAAAGAAGCGAAAGUAGCCGGAAGGGUGAACAUCCAGGAUUGAGGGAAAAAUGCAGGAAACGGGAGGACAGAAGGGAAGUAUGAAGCAGAGAGCUUUAACGGUGAGCAGCUGACAUGGGGAGCCAAUGGGAGAGCAGGCACUGCAUCAGAGCAGCCAAUGGCGAGAGAGACAGACCAGGCACUGCGUCAGAGCAGCCAAUGGUGAGAGAGACAGACCAGGCACUGCGUCAGAGCAGCCAAUGGUGAGAGAGACAGACCAGGCACUGCGUCAGAGCAGCCAAUGGUGAGAGAGACAGACCAGGCACUGCGUCAGAG